GAUUGAGCUUUUAAACUUUGUAAGCCCAUCAUCCGCAAACAAAGGUUCUCCAUCGAACUGCUCUUGCCUUCACCAAAAUCCUAAUGACAACCAUCAAAACAGAAAAAAGAGGCAAAGAAAGGCAAAGAAAUCAAAAAGAGAUCAGAAAGAGGGGGGUGAAGGAGAAAUCAAGAAUUUGCUAAGGCUAUCACCCUCCACCCUCCUCCUUUUCCUUCUCUUUCCCCCAUUUUUCUUUCUUGGUUGAUCUUGUUCUUCUGUGCAUUACAUUUCUUUAACAAUGGAUGCAGCACGAAGAGCUAUGUGUUUAGAUGAUCCUUUUAAUCCAUUCAUUUCAACCACCUUACAAGCAGCUGGAAUUCUUGUUAUCUCCCAUUUCUUCCAUAUUCUCUUGAAACCCUUGGGACAACCGGGACCUGUUGCCCAAAUCUUGGCUGGAAUUGUGUUAGGACCCUCUUUAUUGUCUCAUAUCAAAAUAGUCAAAGAAUUCUUUCUUCAAUCUUCUUCAGCUGAUUAUUAUGAUGUAUUUUCAUCCAUAUACGGCAUACUCUUCAUGUUCUUGAUUGGUCUGGAGAUGGAUGUUCCUUAUCUGAAGCGAAAUCUGAAAAAAGCUGUCAUUGUUGCAUAUGGUGGAAUAGUUGUGUGUAGCAUCUUUGGUCUAGCUGCAUCCUUUUUUGUUAUUCGUAUAUUGAAGCUCACAGCAAACACAGCAUCUCUUGCCAAUGUGAUAAUGAUUGUUCUAGCUAACUCAGCCUCUCCUGUAGUCAUUCGCCUGGCGGCCGAACUGAAAUUUUCAACCUCAGAUACAGGAAGAUUGGCAACUUGUUCUUCGAUAAUCAAUGAAAUGUCUUGUCUACUUUGGUUGUCUUUAAUUGUUGUCUUCAUGUCAUGGAAAAUGUUUGGCAUGGCAGUUCUUUUCUUCGUAUUGACUGUGGGACUCGUUUUUGUAAACAAGUACUUAGCUGGUUGGUGUGACAAACGAAACCGGAACCAAAAAUAUGUGACCAAUACAGAGAUGUUUGGCAUCUUGUUCCUUGUCAUUGCUCUUUCAUUUCUUACUGAAGAAUAUGGAUUUAACAGUACAAUGCCUUGUUUUCUUCUCGGCUUGAUGUUCCCUCGGGAAGGAAAAACUACUCGGACAUUGACGAUUAAGCUUGCUUAUGCUGUUCACAAUUUUAUCCUCCCAAUUUACUUUGGCUACAUAGGAUUCCAGUUCAAUAUAACAUACCUGAAUAGUAGCAGAAAUAUUAUAGCAGUUGCUCUUAUGACCAUUCUCAGCAUGGGAGGCAAAAUCAUCGGCACAUUGGCUGCUUGCCAUUACUUAAGUAUUCCAACAAUUGAUGGCAUCGUCCUGUCCUUUUUACUCAACUUGAAAGGCCAUGCUGAACUUCUCGUCGUCGGUGUCCUGAAAAAGACCAUUUUGAAGACAUGGUGGGAUCAGAAUGUUCACAAUUUGGUGGUAAUGGUAGUAGUGCUUAAUACAAUUAUCUCUGGACCUAUAGUGGCUUACAUAUUAAGAAAAAAUGAAAAGUAUUUUUCUCAGAAACGUAACUUACUUGAAUUUCGCGAACCUGAGGAAGAAAUUCGAAUGCUAGCUUGUGUUUAUGGCUCUCGCCAUAUAACAGCAAAAAUUGGGCUAAUAUUCACUUUAAGUGGAUCCUCUGAAACUCCCACCACACCUUACUUGAUGCACUUAGUUGAGCUUCCCAAGAAA